GGGAGAUAGGACCAUUUUUCUUUCCCCCUGUGUUCUUUCCCUUUCUGACCAUUUCUUUUUCACUGUUGACCCUUUCUCUCCUUGCUUUAGCAAGAUUGCAAAUGAUUUCUCACUUGCAAUUGUGAAUCCGCUGCAUCCUCCCAUGUGGGAGGCAAGAAAGGCAGCGAGCAGCAGGUGCACUGAGCCAGGCGACCUAUAGCUUCCCAUUCCAGCAUCACUGCAGCUCUCACUAGGCGACAGAGCGAGGCAAGAGAACAAGGCGAAGGAUUGUGGCUGGGCGUGUGGCCAAGAGGCUGCUUCUGUCUUCCCCUGCUAGAAGAAUAUGUCUUAAAAAGAUCAGUCUGUGGAAAGAGAAGGAUGGGGUAAGGAAGCAGCUUCUCCCUCCAUAUUCUAAACUGAAAAAGAAGAGAUUCAGUCGGAAGGAAGGAAGGAAGGAAGGAAGGAAGGAAAAAAGAAGCUCUCUCUGCCUCUUCCACUAGCUCCUCUAGAAUUGUAUAGGAAUUGCAGAUGAAGGAAGCCUAGCAACCUACAUCCCCGAGAGAAUGUCUGGAUGCAAAGGAAAGAGCGCCUGUUCCAUCUCCUAAUAGUCACAGAAGAACCGUAGCUACUGGAGCAGAGGAAUGAAGAAAUCUCUCAUGGGAGGAAUGUUGUCACCAGCUGAAAAGGAACCAAAAAGGUUUAUUGAUUUAAUCAGAGGAAGAAGGCCUCCAAUAGCAGGAUUCUAGUGUCUUAGGGGACAUAGCAGUCUGGAUUCUAGUGUCUCAGGGGGCAUAGCCAUCUGGACUUCCAUCUCUGGAAAGAGGGAGGCUGAACUAUUAUUCCCAGGAGGAGCAAAGGAAGGUGGUGAGCCCUGCCAAAGAGACGUAGGCCAUGUUGGCUGCUCGAGAAGCAGCGGCGCUCUACCAGACAGAUUUUGUGCGCAAUGCCAGGGCGGUGGGUGCCCUCUGGGCUGGCUGUACCCUCUGUUUUGGCAUCCUUGAGGUGGUGGUGCUGAUCCAGCCGGCCUGGGUGCAGACAGCAACCCUCACCUACCAGUUGCCCCCUUCAGGGGUGCUCUCUGACCCCAGCGUGAGCGCCGUGGGAUCCUUUGGCCUCUACCAAGUCUGCACAGAGCGGGACAAUGUCCUCCAGUGUGAGGGAUCCCUGGUCACCCUGACGCCCAUCCCGUCCUUCAAAGCAGCUGCUGUCUUUGUCCUGAUGGCCCUGGUGCUGGUGAUGGGUAGCGUGGCUUCCUUGGGGCUCUUCUGGUUCUGCAGCCCUGGCACUGUCUACAAAGUGUGUGCCUGGCAGCAGCUCUCGGCAGCGACUUGCCAGGCCCUUGGCUGCCUGGUUUUCCCCGACGGCUGGGGAGCCCCGGAGGUGAGGGCACUUUGUGGGCCUCGGGCAAGGAGCUACACCUUGGGCACCUGCAGCAUACACUGGGCCUUUACUCUUGCUUUGCUUGGCAUCGCCGAUGCCCUAGUCCUAGCUACCCUGGCUUUUGUGCUGGGAAACCGACAGGAUGCUCUUCUCCCCGAAGGCUAUGCGCCACCCCCAGAGGGGAGAGGUGUUACCUCGGCAUUGACUCCCGAUUGAUUCGUUUCCCGUGAUGAAAUUUGCCUUCUAGCCUUCAGAAUGGAAUAGACAUUCAUUUGCCAAACAAGGCCCUGGUCUUGCAGUUGCAAUAAAUAUAUUUUUGAUAAUAAUAAUACUCUUGUGUGUUAUUAAUAACUUAUAUAGCUGUUUUAAUAUGCCUAUAAGUAACUUUCAUAGCUGUUUUAGUAUGUUUUAACUUAUAUUAUUCUUGAUUAUCCUCACCAGAACCACCUAAGGCAGUGGUUUCCAAACUUUGGGUUCCCCAGAUGUAUUAGACAUCAGCUCCCAGAAUUCCUGACUGUUGGCCAGACUGGCUAGGGCAUCUGGGAAUUGAAGUCCAAAACAUCUGGAGGACCAAAGUUUGGGAAAUACUUAUCUAAGGCAAGUCAUCUUGUUUUAAAGACAGGAUAUGUCAGAGUUGGAAGAAGAGUAUGGGUUGCCCAAAGUUAUCCAGUAAAAUUCCAAGGCGAUAGCAGCACUUGAAUGUUACAGGCAGCUCAGUCUGGGAGAACAAAAUGGAAGCUAGCACAGCCUUACACUCAGAGGCUUAUCACACUGGAAAAGAAAGAUGAAGCAGAGUGGGAGAGUACUGGCUUUCUCCAUGCCUCUCUGCAUGCCCUUGGUACACUUAUGUUUUCCUUCCAGAGGGAAAAAGUCAGAAAAGCAUGCCUUUUGUCAAAGGGAUUUUUACAGGGUGACAAAAGCAUGCUUUUACAAUUGUUUCCCUUGGGAAGAGAACAAAAAUGCUACUACAUCAUGCAAAGGGGCAUGGAAAAAGUCUGUACUUUCUUGCUCUGUUUCCGAUUCCUUUUCUCAUGCAAUAAGGCUCUCUGAGUGAGGUGUAGUAUAGAUAGUUUGGUCAUCAGCUCUCUAGUGUUCCAUUCCAGAACUUCCUGUUUGUUCCAUUCAUCCAUUGUGUUUAUGUGUGUAAAUAAAUAAAAAAUACACAUACACAUAAAGAAACAGAGGAGGUGUAUGUGUGUGUGUGCA